AUGCUCUUUUGCAGCCUAAAGAGGUGUAGUAGUGGCAAGCAGUGGGCGCAGCGACAGUCGCUCGAUCCGUUCGUUGUAGAGGCAAGACGAAAGGGCUAUGUCGCCCGUAGCGCCUUUAAAUUACUCGACCUUGAUGAUCGCUAUGGGUUGUUUCAUAGAAAAAAGACACGCGCCGUGGUUGACCUGGGUUGUAGCCCAGGUGGGUGGUGCCAAGUAAUUCGUGAGCGCACAGGCGAUGCUUGCAUGAUUUUUGGUGUGGACCUUCUUAAUGUCAAAGCAAAUGUGCCAAAUGCGGUGUUUGUGCAGGGUGAUUUUAACUCUAUCGAGGUGCGGAGAAAGCUGCUGGAGCAUCUGGAUAGACAUCAGCUUUUGUCAGUAAACGUGAACCAUUUCUCCGAAGACACAACUACUAAUGACGCCCAAGGGCACAAUAAAAAUAUCCGCCGAAGUGGUGGCAUGGUGGACGUGGUUGUAUCCGACAUGUGCCCUAAUCGAGAAGGCGGCGCACAGGAUCGGCAUCGGAUCAGCGCUCUGGAUAUGCUUGCACUCAACUUUAGUCUGCCCCUCCUCAAAGAGGGUGGGCAUUUCGUCUGUAAGGUGCUUGGUAGCCCCGCUUCCUACGAGGAUCUCCACAAAAUAAUGCAUCUCGCGUUUCUGCAGGUUUAUAUUACCAAACCGUCUGCAAGUCGUGGGCAUAGCGAUGAAUCAUUUCUGGUAGGCUAUUCCAUGCUCGGGGAAUCGAGAUCUAUAAAUUUUAGUCUGAACGGCGCCGCGCGUCCAGGUGAAAGACGUUACGGGUUGGAUGAUUGGCCUGGCUCCGCACGUACGCAGCAGUACAGAAAUCGCAAAGAGAAACGGUAAAAGUCACUUUCUCGGUUGCUAUUUUUCCUUUUAUAAGGGUGCCAAAGAAUUCAGUGAUAGAAGCCGUAAGACUCGGCAGAAGUCUCCUAUAAUUCAUAUCGUUGUGUAUCUGGAGAAAGCUUUUCACUUGUCUCGCACAAAUUGCAGUUUUCCCCUAAAUAGAAAGUCAAGAGGUAAAUAAAAAAA